AUGAGGUGCCUUCUGUCAGUAGUCAUCACACUGCUGUGUGUGGGUCUGGUGACUUCGACAAGCCCACCGAUAUUGCCAAGCCCACCUUCAGUGUAUCUCUUUACCUGCGAUGAUCGUCCCGACGGCACCUACCCUGACCCGCACGACUGCACCAAGUUUUACGAGUGCAGAAACGAAAAACAUCGCGUCGCUCCUGUCCGGAUGGGCUACAUUUUGACAUCGGAAAUCAUCCAUACGGAUGUGAAGAGCCUGAAUAUGCCACAUGUGCCCGUUGCCCGGAGUCCAGUCACUGGACCAGUUGUAACGGAAAUUGUCGCCCUACCUGUGAUGAUCCGAAUCCACCUUGUCCCAAGGUCUGCCGCCCUGGAUGUAAAUGUAAUCAAGGCUACGUGUGGUAUGGCGAGAAAUGCAUCGCGGAACACGCGUGUCGUUACAAACCAAGUGGUGGGCAAGGAGGAUGCCCAGAAAACUCCCACUGGGACACGUGUACUGCCCACUGUGUUGGUACCUGUGAAGACCCGAGGCCACCUUGCACCAGGAUGUGCACUGCGCCAGCCUGCGCCUGUAACGAAGGCUACGUCUGGCACAACGACAAGUGCAUCCCAGAAAGCCAGUGCCCAAAACAACCUGGGCGUAAGAGUGUUCCCGAGUGCAAGUAUGGCGCCUACUACGACCCAGUGA